AUGGCAUCUUCAAGUGUCUUUAUCACUGUCUUAAUUUCCUUGGUUCCAGUCUUCCUCCAACCAGGUCUUGCUCAAGGUCAGAGUCCUCCAGCUUCUUGUGCUUCUCUUCUGCUAGCUCUGGCUCCAUGUGGCCCAUUCGUGCAGGGAUUUGUCCAGUUCCCCGCUCAGCCAUGCUGCAGCAGCCUGAGCCAGAUCUACAGCCAACAACCGACCUGCCUCUGUCUCUUCCUCAACAACAACUCCACUCUAUCAUCUGCUUUUCCCAUCAAUCAAACCCUCGCGCUGCAACUGCCCCAGCUUUGUAGCGUUCCAGCCAAUUCAUCUGUUUGCUCCUCAGGAGCUUCCACUGCUUCUCCACCAUCUACUAACUCAACCGGCUCUCAAGUAUCUAUGGGUGCAAAGAACAAUUCUGUUGCUGCAGCAACUCCAGUGGCUCAAGUGGCACCAAAACCAAGCAAUAUGAUGGGAUUAGGUGAUGGUCUUAGAUCAUCUGGUCCAAAGUCUAAGAUUCAGGUGACAAUCUUUGUGAUCGCUGCAAUUCUAGCCGGCACACUCUUCCUCGUCUAACUUCACCUGCGUAAUAACCACUAUGAUCUUCCGCCUAGUUUACACUAUCCUCUUUUUUGCUUUUCUUACUGAACUCGGGACAACUACAAAAUUUCUAUAACUUGGCGAAUGAAGUUAUUGUAAUGUUUCUUGGAACCAAAACAGAACAAAGAAACAAAUGUCUCUUUCAAAGUUUCAAUGCCCUUGUUACCGUCUUUGUUUGGUAAAGUGUAUCACACUUACUUGCUUAAGAGAGACCUUGUAAAACAAU